ACGACAUUUAUUCUCAAAAUAAAAAACCCCAAAGAAAGGAUAGAAAACAAAAGGAAAUUCUUUUAUCUUUUCUGAAAGAGGAAAAGAGGGUAACAGGGUUUAUAGGCAACACUACGCGUAGAGUCUCUGUUCUGGUUUUCGUGAACAUUAGUCAUUUUUUCUGAUGGCAAUCUCUGCUUCUCUAGUCCCCAUUAGCUCUUCUUCACAUUCAAUCUUUUCUUCUUCUUUGUUGGCUCUGUGUCCUCUGAAGGUUAACCACAGUAGGGCGAUGAAUUAUCGGCGCACAAAUGGGCGGUUUGUGAUUAACUCUUCCUCUUCUGAUAUGGGUCCCAUCAACGACUCCAUGAAUCUCAGGCAGUCACAACUAUCUUCCAUGACUCCUCUUGGGGUGACUAUGAAUGAUGCUGGCAUGUCCAAACCAUCAUGUAAGUGGCAAAGGGUGUUGCUUAAAGUAAGUGGUGAAGCACUUGCAGGAGAUCAUACACAGAAUAUUGACCCAAAGAUUACGAUGGCAAUUGCAAGGGAAGUCGCAUCUGUGACUCGGCUUGGCAUUGAGGUUGCAAUUGUGGUUGGUGGGGGAAAUAUUUUUCGUGGAUCCUCUUGGGCAGGAAGUGGUGGCCUUGAUCGUUCUUCUGCUGAUUACAUUGGGAUGUUGGCUACUGUUAUGAAUGCUAUAUUUCUUCAAGCAACAAUGGAGAGCAUUGGCAUCCCAACUCGUGUCCAGACUGCAUUCCGAAUGUCUGAAGUUGCAGAGCCAUAUAUACGUAGAAGGGCUAUUAGGCAUUUGGAGAAAGGAAGGGUCGUGAUUUUUGCUGCUGGAACUGGAAAUCCAUUCUUCACAACCGAUACUGCUGCAGCCCUUCGUUGUGCAGAAAUUAAUGCAGAGGUUGUGCUGAAAGCUACAAAUGUUGAUGGGGUUUUCGAUGAUGACCCCAGGCGUAACCCAAAUGCUCGUCUCCUUGAUUCUCUUACUUAUCAGGAUGUGUUGUCCAGAGAUCUUUCAGUGAUGGACAUGACAGCAGUUACUUUGUGCCAAGAAAACAACAUCCCUGUUGUUGUCUUCAAUGUAACCAAAUCGGGUAACAUCUCGAGAGCCAUUUUGGGAGAGAGGGUUGGUACUUUGGUUGGAGGACCUUGGGUUUCAACAACGGCAAGGACAUGAGACAAGUUCCAGCAGACUGAUGGGGGUGGUGGCGCAUUCUAUUGCAAUUCAGAUUUGUGAAUUUCAGGAUGAAUUGUUGCUGAAUCAGAUAAGUUUUAGGCUCCAUUUCAGAAAGUGACUCAGAUUUUUGCAUGUGAAGACUGACCACAAAAUACAGAUGACUGGUUUUGAUUUUUCUUAUAUCACAGAUUAGGACUUUUUCUUUUUGAAGCUAAGAGUGUAAAUAUUUGUUAGGAAGACUUACAUGUGUCAUCUAGAAGGGAUUAUAGAUCAAAAACAGUGUCUCACAAGGCUCCAUAGUUAUUCUUUUUGCUUUAGGCUGGGUGCGGUUGAUUUUUGCUUGAGAGGUUGAAGUUCAUCAAUGAUGUACUUUGAAUGCUAUUCCAGAAAAUUUAAGUCUUUUGGCAGUAUAUGUAUUUUCUCCUUGCCAUGGGUGGAAGAAAAUGAUGAAAGAAACUUGAAGCUUUGAAUCACCCAAACUAAAACUAUUUGCACGAUUGUUUUGCUAUGUUUUUGUUGGGAUCUAAUACUGACCAUCAUUUUCAGGACCCUACAAAUUACAAUUGGCUCCUGGGUGGUUGGUGAAUUUCUUUUGAGUCCUAGAGCUGGACAAAUGAAGCAUAUUGGGAAAUCCACCCAUUUGGUCUCUGUCCAAUGAAAGACAUGUUCAGGGUAAACGCGUUCAGUCUGAUAACCUAUUUAACACGCAGAUGCCCUUUCUCUGCCCCUCGAAACACUUUCCUUAAAUCGCAGCCUCCAUUUUCCAAUGUUGAACCCAAUCAUGCUCUAAUCAUAUGAUUCGUAACAACCCCACAUCCAAUCAAUUACCAACAACAAUAUAAUUGGAUUUUUUUCUUAAAAAAAAAAAUUAAUUAAUUAAAAAAAAAAAAUAAACCACCCUUUUAACGGCAGAAAUUGAUUAGUUAACAGAAGACAAAUAAAUUGGCAAUGAAAAAACUAGAUGAGAAUAGUCCUUGUACAUGUAUAAGAGAAAAAGUGAGCUCUGCAGCCUUGCGGGCCCCAAAAUUAUAAAGCCCAUUUAAUAUUCCACAACCACACCACCCCCCAUUGGCAACAUCACCAUCAAAAUCAAAGUGCCCAAAAAAAGUUUUUUCUUUUUUGGUUCUGAAUCACUCGUAGCUACAAAAUUACAAUUACAAUUACAGGAAAAUUAAUAUGAAAAUUGUGCCAAAAAGUCAGUCAAUUUUUUUCUAGAAAAAUACUAAAAGUCCAAGAACUGGCUGAGAAAGUCUGGUGAUAGGGUCGGCGAGAUUAUCGGAGCUGAGAGCAAAUUCGAAGGGCUUGAAAUGAAGCUACUUCCCUGUAAGAAAUAGUUUAAAUCUUGCAAUACCGAGAGGGUUUGUGGGUCCGGUGCCGGAGAGAAGAACCCUGGAGGGAUCGGAGGGAGUGUCGCCGGCGCCGGAGACAAAAUCCCCGGAAUUUGACCCACCUCAACCCCUUCCACCAAACCCAUAACGCCGACGCCCCCGCCACCCCCUCGAUCUCUCUCUUUCGGGGGGCUAGUCUUCUCUAUCGAAGCCAGACGCGCAGCAGGGGAAAGAUCAACGGCGCCGGAGGCUGCGAGGUCACUGGCGGAGGGCGACGUGGCGUAGUUCCCGGUCAGGCGCUGGACUACUGAUAGGAAGUCGUUGACCGUGGUGUGGAUGACCUUGGGCGAGAUGGUGUAGAUGAUCACCGGUUCGCGGUUUUGAUUCUCUGGCGGCGGUGGAGCAGUUUGUCGAUGUGCGGGAAGAGGAGCAGUCGGCGGCUUCUUGAUCUUGUGGGAUUCCUUGCUGACUUUGAGUGGCGCCGGACGAGGGCCUUGGAUUUGGAGCUCUCUCCGCUGCGGGGAAGGGCCGUCACCGCCGGAAGAGAAGAAUCCCGGCGGGUUCAUCAUGAUUGAUGGGCUGGAGAGAGGAGGGAGAAAGUGGGAAGAUAGGACGAAAAUGGGCAUGUAUUGUUAUUAUUGAGUCCACCAAAUGAAAUCAAUUUAUGAGAGCCGCUGGUGACUCUGCUUUAGUGUUUGGCCGUGAAGUCAAUGCUCCUCUCUUCCUCUUACAUUUGUCUUUAGUUCAUUUAAUAACUUCAGCACUUCGCCCGCGGAUGAAAUGUUUUAUAUACACCCAAUAAUUUCAUCAAAUGAAGUAUAUGGAAUUCUGCCUUUA